AAAUUUACGGAAACAAUGGCACCAGCAACGUUUUUCAAAGCGAUACAGACGUUUUCAAAAUAUUUACAAUAUUUCUUUUACGAUAGCCUCGCGGCUAUUGGCUGGUUGCACAUCAAGUGCAUUCCUCCCACCACUCGCCGAGCUAAAGAUUUCAUAAAGCAGGAAACAGCAAUACAAAAACUUAGUGAAUUCAGCCGAAUCACCACUAUAACCAUGGAACAGCUAAAACGGAAUUAUCCUUUCGAAGUCGUCGAAGAAUACCAGCUGACGACCUCAGGGUACGAUUGCGUCUUGCUUGUAAACGCCAAUGGACAAGAAACGAAGAUAGAAAGUUUUACCGGCGUUCUUUCAGAAUGUUUAACAGUCGAUCCACUCGCUGAAAAAGAAAUAAGAAUUUUACCGUUGAAAGAAAAUCCUGGUAGUCGAUUAAUUCAUGCCCCAACUGGAACUAUUGAUCCCGACUACGAUGAUGUGAGGUCGUUACGGGAAACGGCAGUCAAAGGAGUACAAACCGCUUUAAAAGCAGGAUUUAAAAAGUUGUUGAUAGCACUACAAACACAUCCUGAUUUUGAAGACGCCGAAUUGGUGACAUUACUUGGAGUUUUUGAAGGAUUAUAUGUGCCUUUACAAAUUAAAGAAUUAAAUCCCAAAAAACUCCCGACGAUCGAAAAAUUGGGAAUAUGGACCGACAACAAAGACAAAACAACCAGCGUUUUAAGGCAAGCGUUAAUCCUCGAAAGUGGUUUAAAAAUAGCCCGGGACAUAGGAUCUGGAGAUCCGGAAAGAAUGGCUCCUCCUAAAGUCCAAGAAUACGUCGAGUCGGCGUUUAAAAAUUCCUCGAUAAAAUUGGAUGUUAUCGACGACAUUUCUGUUAUCUCAAAAGAAUAUCCUUUGUUCGAAGCUGUUAAUAGAGCAGCUAGUGUCGUUGAACGCCACCGAGGAAGAAUUAUUUACAUGGAGUAUAACCCCCAGGAUCAAAGUAAAAUUAUCGAAACUAUUAUGUUAGUCGGAAAAGGUGUUACUUAUGAUACUGGAGGUGCUGAUAUUAAAGCUGGGGGAAUUAUGGCGGGAAUGUCACGUGAUAAAUGUGGAGCUGCAGCCGUGGCUGGUUUUAUGCAAGUUGUUAAUUUACUCAAGCCGGAAAACGUUAAAGUAAUUGGAGCUUUGAGUUUAGUGAGGAAUAGCGUUGGAUCCAACUGUUAUGUUGCCGAUGAACUUAUUAAAGCUAGAUCGGGAGCUUUAGUCCGAGUUGGAAAUACCGACGCUGAAGGAAGAAUGGUUAUGGCUGAUGUUCUUUGUAAGAUGAAGGAAUUAGCGAUGGAUGCUGUUAAUCCAAGUUUGUUUACUAUAGCUACGUUAACAGGACAUGCAUUUCUAACAGUUGGAACUGGAUAUUCUAUUGUUAUGGAUAAUGGGCCCGCUAAGAGAGCUGGUACUAGUACUAGGCUUCAAACGGCUGGUGAAAAAUAUUCCGAUCCUUUUGAGGUGUCCACAAUACGACGAGAGGAUUUAGCUUUCCAUAGGGGAAAAGCUCAAGGGGAUGAUGUAAUGCAGUGUAGUAACGCUGCAUCUUCAAGAACUGCGAGAGGUCAUCAAGGCCCAGCCGGUUUCCUUAUACUCGCUUCCGGUUUGGACAAGCACGGAUCUGGUAACCAGAAACCGAUUAAAUACAGCCAUUUGGAUAUCGCUGGAUCGGCAGGUGAUUUUCCUAAUCCCGCAACGGGAGCGCCAAUUUUAGCCCUUUCAAAGGCAUUUUUGUUCAGUUGAUGUAUUAAGAAUUCCGUCGUUUACAUGUGAAACUUUGUACUUAUUGCCGAGUGUAUCGUGAGAAGUGUAAAACUGCUUAUAACAAUAAUAAAUUUUAUGAUGUUUUUA